CAGGGUGGGGGCUUUGGAGGAGAUGGAGAGACCCGCCGGGGGCGCGGAGGAAGAAGGGGAGCCAUCGCUGCUCACCGUCAGACACGAGCUGAAGAACGCAAACUUGACAGGCCACACAGAGAAGGUGGGCAUUGAGAACUUUGAACUCCUGAAAAUUCUUGGGACAGGAGCUUAUGGAAAGGUAUUUCUGGUGAGGAAAAUCAGUGGUCAUGAUGCUGGCAAACUGUAUGCAAUGAAGGUUUUAAAAAAGGCAACAAUAAUUCAAAAAGCCAAAACAACUGAACAUACAAAGACUGAACGACAAGUACUAGAGCACAUUCGACAGUCUCCAUUUUUGGUUACUUUGCAUUACGCUUUCCAGACAGAUACAAAACUUCAUCUCAUCUUGGAUUACAUAAAUGGAGGAGAACUUUUUACCCAUCUUUCACAAAGAGAGAGAUUUAAUGAAGAGGAGGUACGAAUAUAUAUUGGGGAAAUUGUUUUGGCAUUGGAACACCUUCACAAGUUGGGAAUUAUCUAUCGUGAUAUAAAACUUGAAAAUAUUCUUCUUGACUCAGAUGGACAUGUAGUUCUGACAGACUUUGGACUGAGUAAGGAGUUUGUUAAUGAUGAAAAUGAAAGAGCUUAUUCUUUCUGUGGAACUAUAGAAUAUAUGGCUCCAGAUAUCGUCAGAGGAGGGAAUACAGGACAUGAUAAAGCUGUUGAUUGGUGGAGUUUAGGUGUUCUUAUGUAUGAAUUAUUGACUGGAGCAUCACCUUUUACAGUUGAUGGGGAGAGAAAUUCACAAACUGACAUAUCCAAGAGAAUAUUAAAAAGUGAACCUCCAUACCCACAAGAAAUGACUGCAUUAGCUAAAGAUUUAAUUCAGUGUCUUCUAAUGAAAGAUCCCAAGAAAAGAUUGGGUUGUGGUUCAGGAAGUGCUGAUGAAAUCAAACAACAUUCCUUCUUCAAGAAAAUAAAUUGGAAUGACUUGGCUGCCAAAAAAGUGUCUGCUCCAUUUAAACCAAUAAUUCGUGGUGAAUUGGAUGUUAGCAAUUUUGCAGAGGAGUUUACAGAAAUGGAUCCAACAUAUUCUCCAGCAACCACUCCAGAGGCUGCGGACAAGUUGUUCCAGGGAUAUUCUUUUGUUGCUCCUUCUAUCUUAUUCAAACACAAUGCAGCCAUUAUGGAUCCUGUUUAUUUUCUGACAAAACAUAACCAACCUGGAGUUACAAAUAUUGCGAGAAGUGCUAUGAUGAAGGACUCUCCAUUUUAUCUCCACUAUGAGCUGGAUUUAAAAGAAAAACCACUGGGAGAAGGAAGUUUUUCCAUCUGUCGAAAAUGCUUACACAAGAAAACUAGACGUGAAUAUGCAGUAAAAAUAAUCAGUAAGAGACUAGAAGUCAACACUCAAAGAGAAAUUACAGCUUUAAAACUCUGUGAAGGACAUCCCAAUGUUGUGAAAUUGCAUGAAAUUUAUCAUGAUCAGCUCCACACGUUUCUAGUAAUGGAACUACUGAAAGGGGGAGAGUUACUUGAACGCAUCCAGAAAAAGAAGUACUUCAGUGAAACUGAAGCUAGUUAUAUCAUGCGCAGAUUAGUUUCUGCAGUGAGCCAUAUGCAUGAUGUGGGAGUAGUGCACAGAGACUUAAAACCCGAGAAUUUAUUAUUCACUGAUGAAAAUGAUAAUUCAGAAAUAAAAAUAAUUGAUUUUGGAUUUGCCCGUUUAAAACCUUCAGACAAUCAGCCUCUUAGAACUCCGUGUUUUACCCUUCAUUAUGCUGCUCCAGAGCUCUUAAAUCAUAAUGGUUAUGAUGAAUCCUGUGACCUCUGGAGUUUGGGAGUUAUUUUGUAUACAAUGCUUUCAGGACAAAUACCCUUUCAGUCUCAAGAUACCAGUAUAAUAUGUACAAAUGUUUUGGAAACAAUGAAGAAAAUUAAAAGAGGGGAAUUUUCAUUUGAAGGCGAUGCUUGGAAAAAUGUUUCUAAGGAAGCCAAAGAUUUGAUACAAGGACUUCUUACAGUGGAUCCAAAUAAGAGGAUUAAAAUGACUAGUUUGAGACAUAAUGAUUGGCUUCAGGAUGGCUGCCAACUGUCAUCCAACCCAUUAAUGACUCCAGACAAUUUAGGAUCUUCAGGAGCUGCAAUACAUGUCAAAGCAACUUUUAAUGCUUUUAACAAGUAUAAAAGGGAAGGAUUUUGCCUCCAGAAUGUUGACAAGGCACCUCUUGCAAAAAGAAGAAAGAUGAAAAAGACAAGCACAAGCACAGAGACCCGCAGCAGUUCCAGUGAAAGUUCUCAUUCUUCUUCCUCUCAGUCCUAUGGUAAAACUACCCCUACAAAAACACUACAGACAACACAUCCUAUAGAUAGCAAUAACUCAGAUAAUAUCUUUCAAUUCUCUGAUUGAAGAUACGUUCUCUUGAAUAGGAAUUGAAAUUUGUUGAUGCCUGUGCUCUUUUGAAUAAAGUAAUUGCCCCUUCUGUUUUUUUGUUUUUUUUUAGUCUGAGGCCAAAAUAGGACAUGUUGAAAUACCACUGUGACUGUAGUCAGAAUCAACAUUAAAACAAGUGAUAUAAAAUGUUUUAUUUUAAUAUAUAUGCAUAUCCAGCAGUUUUUAAAAGAUGUCUGUAAUCCAUAAUCCUGUGACUCUCACAAAUUCUCAUAAAUCUGCAAAACUUUUCAUUACAUUUGGUUUUCUUUGUAAUAUAUGUAUGUACAUGCAGAAAGAGAGAGAGAGAGUUUUUUAUCUAAGAUAUAUUUUAUUGUACAAAUGUACAAAUUCAUAUGUGUAUAAAAUCCUCAAUGUGUUUCAAUAUAUUUGCCAGAAUCAAAAAUAACUUAUUUCCUUGAAUGCAGAAGCUAUUUUCUUAUGCAAGACAUACACACAAGCUACUUCUUCAGCAUAUGAAGACAUUUCUGCAUAACACAUAAGCAGAAAUUUAAUUUAUGUGAUAGCUUGGAGAUCAUAUAAAACUUUAUUUCUUCCACUUUUUUCUAGUAAGAAAAAUUAUUUGGGAUUUUAAAACUUGACUUGGAGAGAUAGAGAGUGAGCAAGAGAGAAAGAUAAUUUUCAAAUAUAAAAAUUGUUCUGUGAGAAUUUUAUAUUCCUUUAUCAUGUGGAGCAAAAAAACCAAGCUGAUAUGUAAUACAUUAAAAUUGGCAGCUGGGUUGUAGCUUAAUAUUCAAGAGAUUUUUAUUCUGUAUCAAUCAUCUGUGUAGUUGGUAUUAUAAUUGUAUUUGAUAAGUAACUGAUAUUGUGAGUACUAUUUGGAGAUGCUGUAAUUUGCUGUAGCAAUUUCAAUAAGAAUUAUGAGUUUCUUAUAUUAUUUAAUCUUGCAAUACAUUUAAUGUAUCUGAGUUUUCCCGUUUCACACUGGGAUAUAUUGUAAUGCAUUUAUGCAUUAGAAAUUUAAGGGGAUAUUCUGUCAAGCACUGUGCUUCAUAUCUCUACACUGUGUUUUACUAUAGUACAAUUUUUCACUGUAGUUGUAUUUUGGAUUCAUAAAUAUGGAAUUUUCUGAUGCAUUUUUAAAUGGUAAUAUUUUAAACUAUGAAGCAUGAUUUAUAAAUACAUGCAGAGCUCUUCCAUAGCUCAGAUGCUGCAGUUCUGCAAAAAAAAAAAAAAAGGAAGUAGUCUUACUGGUAAUUAGUGAGGCAAUUUCUAUAAAGUUGAGCAUAUCUAGAUAUUGGCAUGAUUAGACCUCACUUAGAGAAUUUUAGGAAUACUUUGCUGUAUUGUAGAAUGAACAAUUCAAAUCCUAUGCAAAUACUCCUUUUCUAUAAAAACUAUAAUUUCUUUAUAUAAUCAUAUCUAAUAUAGUUUUCAGAAAUCUCUUGCAUACUUCUUUAGGGAAACUGGAAAAAAAAAACAGAAAAGCCUGAGAAUAUUUUCAUGAAGAAU